AUGGACAGCCCUGAACCACCGUCAUCCGACGAAGAGAAUGUAAUAGCAGCUCUGACGAACCAGCUUACCGAAGCCAGGAAAGAAUUAGCAUGGCUGAAACACCGCACACGGAAACUGGAGGCCCUCUUUGGGAUAGCCCCGGACGAGGAGAUACCCUCCCCGGCUACCCACAACGCAACUAUAAGCGAAACAGUUGCAACGCUCAAGAAGGACACCACACCCACCCACGUAACAAUGACUGCGAUCGCCACGGCAUCGACAUCUAAGAAGAGUAGCGCCCAUCCUGAUGCCCCAACGCCAGCUGAGGCAUAUAUGCGAACAACGCCAGCUCCAGCAACACAGCCAACCAUACCGGCACCCAAAAACGCAUCACCAGCCACCUCACCGUCAACGCAGACGCCACGCCAGUCCACGUCAUCUCGUCCCGCCACAAAACCGGACAACCCUCCUGCCACGCCGUCACAGCGUCCCGCCACCACAUCAACAAGACGCCAGCAAGUCGCGACACCUCCGGCGCGACAAACAUUAAACACCGAACAGACGACAAAAGUGAGUAAACUCCCCUUAGAAUUAGGGCCGACCCUACCAUUUCACGAAAAAUUACCGGCGAGCUUAUAG